AUGGCUGGGAGUGUCAUCACCAGUGUCACAGAGACCAUCGCGCCUGUCUUGGCGACUACGCUUAAGACAUUGACAAGCGGAUACAUGGGAAGUGCAUCUGAGAGUGCCGCAGAGACGCCACUCUCUACGCUGUUGUAUCAGUUGAAGGUUCUGGGCGUGAUUGUGAGCAAUAUCAUCAUCGUCGACCAUAACCAG